AUGGGUUCCCGUAUUUUACGACAGUUGGCCAUGCUGGCACGCUAUUAUGCACCACUUUUUGGAGGCCGCAACCUUAUCAUUACCAAUACAGUGAGCAGUGGUUUUCUACUGGGAGCUGCAGAUGUCAUUCAACAGUCUUUGGAGAGAAGGCAAAAGCCCACACAAAAGUGGGAUGGUGGCCGUACAGCUCACAUGUUUAUUACAGGAUGUAGCAUGGGACCACUCCUACAUUAUUGGUACUUUUGGAUAGACAAAAUAACCCCAAGAAAAGGCAUUCAACAUGUUAAAAUUGUCAUCAUAAAGGUAACGAUCGAUCAGUUCUUUGCUCCGGCAUUUGGAGUCUGGUAUUUCACAAUAAUGGGGCUGCUUCAAGGCCAUAGUUUGGCAGAUGCAUUGAACGAAUUUAGGAAGAAGUUCUGGGACUAUUACUUGGCAGAACUCACCUUGUGGCCGGCAGCUCAGAUGAUCAAUUUUCUAUUUCUCCCUUCUCACUAUCGAGUGAUGUUUGUGAAUGUAGUAACAUUGGGAUGGAAUGUAUACCUUUCAUAUCUUAAGCACAGAAGCUAA